UGGACUAGCAGCUUCAUUGACAAAGACACUAAUGGAUUUGCGUAGCACCGGCCCUUUGGUAUGCCGGCCAAGAGCACGGGAUUCGUCAGACUCUGAAUAGUUUUCUAGGUCCUGGGGUACAUGUGGGGGUAUGGCCUCUUUGGCGUCCUUACAGUACAGAUGUGUGCGUAUCAUCUUCGACUGUUUCGUGCUUGAACACGAGUCCGACCGUCGUAUAGAUAUCUAUUACAUCCAUUUCAACUCUAAAGAUGAUUGGAGGAUGAGACUAUAUGUCUGGUUCAUAUUCCUCCUCGAGAUCGUAUUUACAAUCUUUUCAACCAUUGCCGCAUGGGAUCAGUAUGGUCCGGGAUGGGGUGAUGUCAACUCCAUUCUGCUCAUUGACUGGUCCUGGGAACCGCUUCCAUCUCUGAACGGAACGAUUUCCGCCAUGGUUCAGACUUUCUAUGUCUGGAGAAUAUAUAAUCUGACGAAGAACAUCUGGAUUUCGUUGGUUAUUGAAGUAGUUGCCAUUGUCCAAUGCACUUUCGCUUGGUAUUUCGGAAUAUCUGUGUCGGUUGGGGGGCUUGGCGUAGACAAACUCAUCGCCGACUCCCCUGAAGUCAGCACAUGGCUUGCAGGAAGUGCUGCCUGCGAUGUGAUGAUUACCGCGACGAUUGUCUCUGUUUUGUAUCGCGCGAACAAGCAAUCCAAGUUUAGUCAGACGACGAGUGCUGUUACGAAAAUCAUCCGUUUCUCGGUAGAAACCGGUCUGCUUACUUCCGCUGCUGCUGUAGCAGAGUUGAUUCUAUGGUUAACCCAAUCCGAGUACAACAUACAUUUCAUUGGCUUCCUCGUUCUGGGAAAACUAUACUCUAACGCUCUAGUUGCUACCUUGAAUUCCAGAGCGCUUAUCUUUGGAUCUAUACAUACUGGCGCGUACACCAACUCAGGCUCGUCCGGGUCCGCUGGUCCCCGCACUUCGAACCCUUUCUGGGACGAGGGAACAAAGAGUCAGACACGUUCUCUCGGUACACGAUCUCAGACAGUGCAUGUCACCAGGACUACCGAAAUCCACGAUGACGACUCUCACGAAAUGAUCGUGGUGAUCUGAAGGGGGCAGCUGGCGAUGACCUAGAAAGCGGUCCCCGUAGCCAUAAUAAUGACGAAGCAAAAUACGGCGGACGUCGUGGCGCUCUGUAAAUGUGGAACGUUGA